AUGACUACCAAGCGCGCCUACAAGCUACAGGAGUUUGUAGCACAUUCUUCCAGUGUGAAUUGCCUCAAGAUUGGCAAAAACUCGUCCAGGAUUCUAGUCACCGGUGGAGAGGAUUACCAGGUCAAGCUUUGGGCUAUUGGCAAGCCCAACGCCAUCCUGGUUCGUUCUCAUGACCUUUUAUUCAAUUUGUUUUCUUGGACCUGGAAUUGUUGUAUAUAUAAUCUAAUAAUUUUUCUUUUAUACCAGAGUUUCUCUGGGCAUACAAGUGGAAUUGAUUCAGUAAGCUUUGAUUCUUCAGAGGUACUAGUUGCUGCAGGAGCCGCAAGUGGUACAAUCAAGCUUUGGGAUUUAGAGGAGGCGAAGAUUGUUUGAACACUUACUGGUCAUAGAUCUAAUUGCAUAUGUCUGGACUUUCAUCCCUUUGGGGAGUUCUUUGCAUCUGGCUCUUUGGAUACAAAUCUUAAGGUAUGGGAUAUCAGAAAGAAGGGGUGUAUCCACAUGUACAAGGGCCACACCCGAGGGGUGAAUGCAAUCAGAUUUAGUCCAGAUGGCCGUUGGAUUAUAUCUGGUGGAGAAGACAACACUCUGAAGUUGUGGGAUCUGACUGCUGGAAAGCUGUUGCAUGAUUUCAAGUGUCAUGAGGGGAAAGUUCAGUGCAUAGACUUUCAUCCACAUGAGUUCUUGCUGGCAACGGGUUCAGCUGAUAAGACUGUUAAAUUUUGGAAUCUUGAAACCUUUGGGCUUCUCGGUUCAGCAGGACCUGAGACAACUGGAGUCCGUUGUUUGACUUUUAAUCCUGAUGGGAGGACCCUAUUAUGUGGAUUGCAUGAAAAUUUGAAGGUUUUCUCAUGGGAACCAAUAAGAUGUCAUGAUGCGGUGGAUGUGGGGUGGUCUAGACUAUCAGAUCUUAAUAUUCAUGAGGGCAAGCUUCUUGGCUGCUCACACAACCAGAGUUGUGUUGGAGUAUGGGUUGUAGACAUCUCGUGCAUAGAGCCAUGUGCAGUUACUAAUGAUACCAGAUUAAAUGGCCAUUCAGAAUCUAAAUCUUCUGCAAGUGGGAAUCUUUCAAUACUAAAUGAGAACAAUGCUCAGGCUAGUGGGGUUCGUCUGCCCGUUGCACAAAAUGCAUAUUGUUUACAUAAGGAAACAAAAUCUCUUGGAAGGUUAUUAGUUUCUCAAAGUUCGGAGGAGCCCAAAGUUUUGGCUUGUAUAGACUCAUGUGACGGUAGUCCACAGAAGAUCAUUUUGAAUGCUUGUCCAAAAACAAUUCUUGCUAGUUCUAUGGUAGUUCCUAGUGGAACAACUUUGAAGAGGAAUUCCACAAAGAGCUAGUCAACAUCCAAUGUUCUAAUUAUUAACAAAUUGGAUGUGACACCUAUAAUUGUCUCCAGAAGCAAUAUGAAGUUGGAGCAAGCAGUCGAGUCCAGAAAGGAAUGUGGUGUAUCUGGAAGAACAAUGCCAUUCUCUUUGCAAUCAAAGGCAAUUGAUUUCCAAAAGUUUCCAAAUAUAAGAGAUGAAGCAGAUAAGCCACUUGUCUCUGUCCUACCUGAAUUUAUAGGUUUUAAGGCUGUUGACUUGGGCAAUGGCGCAAACAGGAAUAUAUUUCCUAGUGUUAGAAGCUCGAUUCAAGGAGUAUUUGCUAUUGAAAAGAGCAGGAAGGAUGAUGGGCUUAUUGGAUCUAGAAAGCAGGAUAUGAAUUCAAUGAUGGAUCCAGUUGCUAGCUACAAACAUGAAAAUGAUGCUUGGGGGCAUAAGGUGAGCAGAGAUGCAUGUUCGAUUGAAAGUCAGAAAGGAGGUAGAAUGCGCUCACUUGUGGUGAAUUGGGAUGCAAAAGAAAGAUCUUCUACUUGUCAGGAACCUACAUCCAGUAUUCCCCAUGGCACUAUCUCUGCAGCUAAAAUGCUCCCUACUAAUAGAGGGUAUCUUCCAUCCGCUGAGAAAGAAAUGGUGUCUGCUAGUGACGAAGAUGCCAUUGCAGGUGUAAUGGAACAACAUGGUCAAUUUGUCAGCUCUAUGCAGUCUCGUUCAGCCAAGUUGCAGAUUGUUUAUAGAUAUUGGGAAAAAAGUGAUGUUAAAACUGUCAUUAGUGCAAUGGCGAAAAUGGCUGAUAAUGCUGUUGUUGCUGAUGUAAUUAGCAUUAUGACUGUGAACAUUGAUGUUGUCACAUUGGAUAUUUGCACUUGUCUUCUGCCACUUCUCACAGGCCUUCUCGAAAGUGAAAUUGAUAGGCACCUGAGCAUCUCUUUGGAUUUGUUGCUUAAGGUGGUCAGAAUAUUUGGUUCAGUCAUCUAUUCCACAUUGUCGGCAUCGUCAUCAGUUGGCGUGGAUAUUGAGGCAGAGCAAAGACUGGAGCGUUGCAACCUAUGCUUUAUAGAGCUUGAAAGAGUCAAACGCAGCCUACCUGCCCUUACUAGAACCAGGGUAUCAGCUGCAAAGUCUGCACAGGAGUUCAAUCUAGCUCUCCAGGAAGUUUCGUGA